AUGGACGAGAAGCGUUUAAAAAAGGCUAGCCGGGCCCAAGAGGACGGCGGCGGGUGCAGAGCCUGGGAAGGGAAGCACGAGGAGGAGGAGGAGGAGGAGAGGCGCCCAGCAGGGGCCCGGGGAGUCCUGGGGCGGCCGGGCUGGGGAGGACAGGCCUGGCCGGCGAGCCGGGCCGAGCUCCGGGUCUGCCCGUCACCGUCCGGUCACUUCCAGGCAGAGGCGGGCACGUCACGCGAUGGCCGUCCGGCCCAUGAAGGCGUCCACAGGAGGAUGAAAGAGCAUUUAUCCAGCACUGACCGUGGGCUCAUGGGGGACAGCCAGAUCGGUUUCCUGAAGGUCAUGCACAAGUACGAGGUGACGUUCACGCUGCCGCCACUGCCCAGACUGGGACGAGAUGUGUGCGCCGUCCCCACCCCCAGCCUCCACCUCAAAGUCCUCAGCAUCACCCCCGUUCCUGAAGGCUUCUGCGUGAAGUGCGAGUACAUCGCCCACAAGGAGGGGGUGCUCAAGGAGGAGCUGGUGCUGGCCUGUGAGACCAACGACAGCGUGUCUGUCCGCGUGGUGCUGCAGGCCAGAGUCAUGGACCGGCACCACGGCACCCCGAUGCUGCUGGACGGCGUGCGCUGCAUGGGUGCGGAGCUGGAGUACGACUCGGAGCAGAGCGACUGGCGCGGCUUCGACUGAGGACGGCCUUCCCGCCUCCCUCCGGCCCGGCUCCUUCCCUGACCCCCGCCCCGGGGAGCGCCCCCCACCCAACUCUGCUGCUUGGAAGGGGCUGGGCCGGGGCGGCGAGGAAGCUCCCCCAGCCAGGGGGACACGGGAGAGGAUCCCCCACCCCUUCGGCCUUAAAUUCUAACCAGAAGUGUCUCGGUCUGUUGCCUGCUGCUUGCAGGGCCGGUGUCGGGUGGGUCGGUGGAGAGGGAUCCGGGGAUCCGGGCCUCGGGCCUGGCUCGGGCUGGGCAGACAUCUGCCCCCUCUGGGAGAGGAGCCGCUCCUUUCUUGGGGGGGUGGGGAGAGGAGGCCCCUUCUGGGAGCCCCAAUCCCCGGCCUGAGGGUAGCCUUUAGGGCGCGUGUGUAGGAGGGUUUGGGGGAGCAGGCUCUGAUGUUUUGGGACCCUGGGGUGCCCCCGUUGUCCUGCUGACUGUCCUCUUGCCCCAAGCUGUCUCCCACCCCGUGAGGUCAAGCCUCUGCCCCCAGCCCAAUUCCUAAGCCAUAGCCGGAGGAGAGACGCUGCCCUCCAGGCUUGCACCUGCCUUUAGUGUCGCUCCUGCUCUAGUCCGUUUGCUGCUUUAGCCGUUCACCCCCCUCACUGCCCUGGGGGGGCCGGGCCGGGCCGAGGGAGGAGGCCGGGCACAGGAGGGGAGCGUCGUGCCCCCACCUCCGUCGUCGUGCCCCCGUGUGCGUGCCUGUCCUGUGUUUGUCAUGUUGUUUUUUAAGUCAUGUUGGGUGAAAGCCCAAAGGAAUAAAGAGAAACAGUGGA